UUCCACGGGCCAUUCCCCGGCCCCGAAAUAUGCACCCACUAUUAUAUAGCCAUAAACAUCGCCAUUGUAAUACAUAUCUAAACGUCAUCUAAACAGAGCCAAAUAAAACUAAACCUCGAUGUUUUGACAUCUCAAACGUCGAUUAUAUAUUUUGGUUUCAUCUUUAAUUGACUAUCUGUGACGACAGCAUGACUUCAAGACGAGGAUGGUUGUGUCCCUUCGUAGGGAUCGUCUUCCUGCUUUGCGUAACUCCGGUUGUUGAAGGACUGUUAGAGUGGGUUCAAAAUUGUACGGACGUAGAUGUUACGACAACACGCUCUGAUCUGGUGUACUGGACGUCGCCAACGGUGACAACAGACCAAGCCAAUGGGUUCACACUAACACGUGAUAAUCUACCAGGACGAUACUACUACGAGACUACAACUGUGACUUAUACAGCAACCGAUGACGUCGAUACGAUAAUGUGUGCUUUUGAUGUCAUAGUUAUAGAUAAUGGUUCACCUACAAUCACUUCCUGUCCUGGUGACAUGACCGAGACUCCGGUCUCUGGCCAGAAUCAAGCUGUUGUUUCUUGGACAAGUCCUGUUAGCUCAGCGACUCAAGUCAGUUCAACGAAGAACUCUGGAGACCUGUUUGAUGUUGGUCGCACCACUGUCAAGUACACAUUCAUGAAUGACGCCGUCAAAGACUCGUUCUGUACAUUUGAUGUGUUUGUGAAUGAGCCAGCAGCUACAACUCUUGAGACCAUCACAUGCCCAGCCGAUAUUGAAGUUGUCUUACCUAUUGGUGUAGACUCAACGCCAGUCACAUGGGACGACCCAGUCUAUCCCACAAACAUCGGCAGUGUCACGUUAACCUGUGGUAGAACUAAAGGAGAUAAGUUCUUCGUUGGAAUAAACACGAUCACAUGCGUUGCAUAUUUCGAGAGCACUAAAGCCAGAAUGUGCUCAUUUGAUGUGGUUGUUACUGAAACACCAGACGAUGAGAACCCAAGUAUUCUUAACUGUCCGGCCAACAUUAACACCUAUGUGGCGAAUACAGAGACGGGUGCCAUCGUGACGUGGGAUAGGGUGACCAUCACCGAUAACACCUUGACGAAUCUCAAUCUCGUUGGUACACACACAAACGGAGAUUUCUAUAAUAUUGGAACGUAUGAUGUCCUCUAUACGGGAACUGAUGACGCUGGUAAUAUGGCAACUUGUACCUUUCGGAUUACUGUGCAAGUUGAUGAUCUCCUCCCAGUUGUGGACUGUCCACAACCCUUGGUAGUUAGGGUGCGAGCAGACGAGACUACAGGGUUUGUGACGUGGGUUGAACCUACUGCCACCGAUAACUCUGGGCCAGUUACCCCUGUAAUGACAACCAGUAUUGUCAAUGGGGCAGAUCUCACUGCAGCAGGCACGCCUAUGACCGUGUCGUACACCGCAACCGAUAGAUUUGGCAAUGUAAAUCAGUGUGAUUUCACAGUGGAUGUUGUGGUUGAUGAGAGGCCAUCGUACACUGGAUGUCCCGCUAAUAUGGUGGUUGAUGCAGAGCAAGGGGUUAACUAUGCUAACGUCACUUGGGUAGAGCCGUUCGCUACUGAUGAUCUAGAUGUUAACUUAUUGAGGCUUACCAAAUCACAUGAACCUGGGCAGGAUCUAGACGUUGGCGUCUAUAUUGUGGAGUAUACAGCCACUGAUGAAGCCACGAAUGUUGCCACUUGCACGUUUACAGUCACAGUGAGAGAUCGGCAAAACCCUGUUAUCGGCCCAUGCCCAACAGCCAUUACCCUCAACCUUGCCCAAUCACAGACCUCAGCAGAAGUCACAUGGACAAAUCCUACUGGGACAGAUAAUUCUGGAGCUACACCUAUAAUUACUAGUGAUCAGCCCCAAGGAUCAUACACUGCUGGGGAUUACACAGUAAUAGUAACGGCGACUGAUCCCUCUGGGAAUGAAGAUACCUGCACAUUCUCUAUCCGAAUAAAUCCUUAUGUACCAGAUAACUCAAUACCGACAUGGGGGAACUGCCCAUCAAGUACAACAAUAAAUACAGACAGUGGAGUUGGGACAGCGUUCUACACUUGGACUGUUCCGGAAUCAUCAGAUGAUCGUGGCGUUGUGACACAUUUUAAUUCCCACGAUUCACCGUUUGAUUUCCCGAUCGGUCCUACUGUUGUUGUGUAUAGGGCCACAGAUGCUGCUGGUAAUGUUGGAGAGUGUACAUUCACUAUUACUGUUACAGAUAAUCAGGCUCCAGUGUGGACACAAAACACAGGCUGUGGAACAACUGUCACUCACUAUGUCCUUCCUGAGCGCACUGACUCUGUGGAGGUCAUCAUUACGGAUCCAGUUGCUACAGACAACUCUGGCAUAGCUCCUACAAUCACUGCAAUGCAAGAUAACUCAGCGACACCAGAUAUGUUUCCUGUUGGAAGUACACCCAUAACUUAUACAGCAAUGGAUGGAUCUUCUAAUGCCGUCUCAAAUUGUAUCAUUACUGUGGACGUGAUUCGAGUUGUAGCCACAUCAACAUGGUCUCCACAAGGCAGUAUUACUUUUACCAGGAUCAGAGGAACGGCAAGUGGCUCGAUCACCAGUGCUGGGUCUGCUCAGCUACUCAAUGAGUUAACUAGUGAUAUGGACAAGUUUUUCCGUCAGACUUCAGUUGGGGCCCAGUUUGUUGGAGUCUCUGGUCUCACCCAUCAAAUCAAUGGUCUCAACACAGUGGUGACUUUCCAGCUCUAUUUUACUCGCAAUGGUCGACAUACCUCUAGAGAUAUCAUGAAUGCUUUUAAUAGCGCCUUAUCAACAACAAACUCAUUUUCCACUGACAAUGUGGUUGUGGCUAACUCGUUCUCUCUGAAUGUACGUGAGUUCAAGCUGACUACCAGGCUAAUUAGACUGGACGCUGUCACCAAUCCACCCUUCCUAAAUAACUACAAUAUCCCAGGAUCAAAUGAGUUUACGGCACUUGCAAACCGAUUGGAUGAUGAGUUUGAUACAGCUUUCCUGGGCAGUUUCAGCUACUUAGUCUCCACAGUGGUUGAUAUGAGAUCCGGUAGCAUCAUUUCAGACAAUAUCCUGAUGUUUGACGGCGCGUCAUUGGCAACGGAAGCACAGAUUAUGAAUCAGUUCAACGGAAAGUUGAGUUCAGAUGGAGAAUUUAGAAUUGGAUCUGGACUUUACUUUGACCCAAUUAACAACACAAACAACCAAGAACUCUGUCCAUCUGACGAGUGUUUAAACGAUGGAACAUGUACAGUAGAUAGCACCUACACAAAUGUAUGCACAUGUCUUGCUGGGUUUUCUGGUGCCACUUGUGCGACAGAGGGUACAACUUUUGAGCUGACUUCGCUGGCCAUAGCACUCAUCGCUGGGGGCGGUGGCCUUCUUCUUCUCCUACUCCUCAUUAUUUUCAUCUGUUGCUGUGUUUACUGUUUGCAAACGCCAUUACACCCAGUGGACCAGUAUCCAAUGAAGAGGCCAUUCAAUACUUUUGAAGAUGAGGGAAGCGUUGCUUCAUCUAUGGAUGUUUUUAUGUUGCCUAGGCAGAGGGAGCGUUCUUAUCUGCCUGCAUUGCCUCCACCAGCACCUCCUACACUGCAUCUUGAGAGAGAGAGGUUCCCGUCAGCUGGGCCAUCGUUCUCCCCAGAUGGAGAGGUUUACGUCACGGGACCAAACCAGGUGGCCAUCCGACCCAGCAGCAAACGCUACAGUUUUUACUAGGAAGUUAAAACUCCAUCAAACGAUAUGUUCCAGGGCCGUUUUCUUAGGAUCUUAAAGCUAUUAUGGUGAUGGGUAGUAAAAAGGAUCAGAAGUUUACUGAAAUAAAUAAAAGCUGCUUAGAAUUCUUAGUUUCUUAUCCCUAGCAAACAGAUUUUUUGUUUUUUGCUUUACAGUGUUCGUGUUAAAAAAAUUGACAAAUUUGACAUUAAUGGCAUAUAAACCUUAUGACCCAACCAUUGGGUCAUUUAUUAACUUCUCUAACCAUUUCAGCUCCCUAUGGAGUAUAAAGCUGGUGCUGCCAAGUUAAGUAGCACACCAGGCUAAUCAAUCACAAGAACCAUCUCUGCCCUCACAUGAACCCAUUUUACCCCAAGGUGAAGGAAUUAUAGUGGCCUUGCUCAAGAACACAAGUGUCAUGACUGGGAUUCGAACCCACACUCAAAUGGCUCAACCAUGACAAGCCAUAAAUGGUAAUGAUAAAAAAUUGAAGCUUUUUAGUCUGUCGUCAUUUGUUUCGUCACCUGGAAAAACAGUACAAAUGUUUCUGAGAAAUAUUUGUUUGAAAACUGUUUACCCAAAGUUUGUGUUUUCUCAAAAUUGAAUAUGGUACAUCCACACAAUCACUGACAAAACAAAAAUGGUUUAUUUUUUCUCUAAAACAUCAGUUAUUUAAUGAAAUUUUCAUCAGAUUGUUGUGUGUAAUUGGAAAAUUUGAGAACACUGAAUAUUUGAGAACACUGAAUAUAUUAUGCCUCAUAGUCUUAACAAAAACUCUUGACAUGGCCUGAUAGUCGGCACUAUGUGCUCUGAACUAAGGCAGCAUUGUAUUCAUUUGCGACAGUAGAAUACAAAUUUAUGAUUUUUGUUAUGUAGAAUUAAGUAUUUUGAAGUUUAUAAAGUCAGCAGUUACUGUUAAUUGUAUUUACUUGACACAGGAUAGUGGCAGUUGGUAUGGCUAAGGGAUGUAAUGGAAACUACCUUUAUCUUAAAAUAUAAUGGGAUCAUGCUUUGUUGGAUUUGUGCUUUAAAUGUUUAAAGUCACACACUGCUGUCAUCAUGCUCGUACUUAAAAGAUACAAUAAUUUCCGAAAAAGGAGUCAUGUAGUGUGAAAUAAUUAACAUUUAAAUCAAGGCCCAGUUAGUUUUAUAGCCUGCUAUGAGCACAGAAAGUAGCUAAGCACAAUACAAUGAUGCUGACCAGAACAUAGUUACCAGCCAAAAGAAAAUUUCACAUGAAGCGUCUGUGACUGGUAUCCUGCUGAUUUCUGCUUAGCAAAAAUUGUAAAGUAAUGAUAUGUUAUGCUUAUAUAAAAUAAGAAUGGAUGCAGCAUAUUACCAUCUUAGAAAACGUAAGAUAAAAAACUUCAACGGAGUUGGAAGAACUCCAAACUGGAUUCGGAAAAUGCCGCGGUUUGCAAAACCACCCCUUUUAAAAGGUGGUGGCGUAUAUCUCAACCUGGUUCUUCUCAGAGCCUACACAUUCACAUAGGCUCAAUUUCGUAGAGCUGCUUAAACACAAAAAGCUUUGCUUACCAGAAGGAGGUUACUAGCCAACAUACCAACACAUGUACCAUCCAGGACUGGUAUCAUGCGUGUAUUUGCUAAUAGCAGAUAACCUUUGGGCAGUUCUCACAACUUACUUUUUUGUAGUUUAAAAGUACAAGACACCUGUUGAGACGCCUCAAGAAAACUUCAAGUACACUAAGCUCUUUUGUAUGUAUUCCACAUUUAUUUUGUCAUUUAAAACUCGCUGUUGUCUUUCAAAUGUACAUGUACUCCCACGCUUUAAAAAUGCAGAAGAUGCUUGAAUAAAUAAAAUAUAGGAAAAAUA